AUGGAGAAGAGUUACCUGAGGAGCUACCGGGCGGGGGAGCGCAGCUACGGGCUCGGCAGCUUCUCGCCCUCCAACUCCUACACGAAAAGUUCGCGCAAGUUCCGUUACUCGGGGGCCCACACCACCGCCCUUGACCUAACGCCGGCGCCCGCCCCGCCCGAGAUGUCGCACACCGCCCGCAAGUACUCGUCUUCCAGCUACUCGCCCUCCAGCUACUCGCCCUCGUGCCGGAGGAGCACCAGUAAGGAGGAGAGCGGGCGGGCGAGCGCAGACCGGCUCUCCGCCGAGCGAUACAGCGGCCGAGGACCCAGCUCCGACCGACUUAGCUCGGGCUAUUCCUCGUACUCCUCGUCUUCGAGGCGAGGCAGUUGCAGCAGCGACUUGCUUACCUCCGCCUCGCCCUCGCCCUCUAACUACAACUACAACGGGUAUUCGUCUUCGUACAACAACAACAGUGGCAGCAGCGGGACGGCCACGCCUACCUCGUACAGCAACGGCUACUCCAGCCUCUCGAGGCACGUAAGCAACUCAGACCUGACGAGCUACAACGAACGAAAUGAGACGGCAACGACUGCGACGUCCGGCCGCUACUCAAGGCAGAACAGCAACGACUUGUCAGGCGUGUCGGCCGGAAAGUACUCGAGGACGAGCAGCAAGGACCUCUCGCCCUCCUCAGCGUCAGCCACGUCGUCGGCGAGAAGCUAUUCGUCGAGGCCAGGCAGCACUUAUUCCCGUCAGAGCAGCACCGAGCUGCCGUCUUCCACAGUGGGCGCCUCCUCUAGCCUGUAUUCCCGGCAAAACAGUUUCGAUGCCACGUCGCCCUCGCCCACGCCCUCAACGUUCGUUAGCGGCUACGCGACACUAGAUCGAAGGGCGAGUCGCAGGAGGAAGGAUCACCUCUCAGACAGGAAGAGUGCGGACCGUGUUCUCGACUCCCCUGCGUACUCAAGCAGCACGCUGGACCGUAAAAGUAGCUACGGACGCACCUUCAGCUGCGACCUCAGUAACAAUAACAAUAACAAGGCAUCGGAGAGCCGUGGCAGUGAUUCGCGUCAUGAGCGGAGUCCUUCCAUCGUGGCCAUUCACGAGGGCCUGGCCAGGAUCAACAAGGCGCUGCAGAAGCACAAGCAGCCGAGUCCCGAGCCCCAGACGUCGUCCGCACUAUCUGGGAGGCCCGCUGCCGGCUCAUCCUCGUACUACUCGAACGCCUGCGACCCGAGCGCCAUCCGGGCGGCCCUUGGGACCUGCCGCUCCCCCAACAUGCGUUCCCCCCGGGGCAGGGUCAACCACUUCGCCUCGCUGAAGGAGGCGUCCGUGGAGGGGGAGGUCAACGUCGUUCCGGAUAUAGUCAUUCCGACGGAAAUAGAUACAGAAAGUGGUACUUUAGAAUGA